AUGGCUGCUCGCAGCGCCGCUCUCAAGAUCGACUGGGCCAAGGUGUCGACCUCGCUCGGCCUCCGCGGUCAGACCGCCGCCUCCCUCCAAUCCUUCAAGAAGCGCAACGAUGAGGCUCGUCGCAAGGUCACCGUUCUCUCUGAGCAGCCCCAGACCGUCGACUUCAGCCACUACCGCGGCAUCCUGAAGAACCAGGCCAUCGUCGACGAGAUCGAGAACCACUUCAAGAACUUCAAGCCCGCUUCCUACGAUGUCAGCCGCCAGCUGAAGGCUAUCGAUGCCUUCGAGGCCCAGGCUGUCCAGAACGCCGAGGCUACCAAGGGCAAGGUUGAGGCCGAGCUGCAGAACCUGCAGAAGACCCUCGAGAACAUUGAGACCGCUCGUCCCUUCGAGGAUCUCACUGUUGACGAGGUUGCCGCUGCCCAGCCCGAGAUCGACGAGAAGACUGCUUCCCUCGUCUCCAAGGGCAAGUGGAUGCCCCCUGGCUACAAGGAGCGCUUCGGCGAUCUGUCCGCCGUUUAA